AUGAAGCGAUAUGUUUAUAUCAACGACGAUGAAUCCCCGACGCAGGAUCUCUAUUGCGACAACCGCAUUUCUAACCGGAAGUACACUGUCUGGAACUUUCUCCCUAAGAAUUUAUGGGAGCAAUUCAGCCGGUUCAUGAACCAGUACUUCUUGUUGAUUGCUUGCCUUCAGCUAUGGUCACUAAUUACUCCAGUAAACCCUGCCAGCACAUGGGGUCCGCUAAUUUUUAUUUUUGCUGUCUCUGCAUCAAAGGAGGCUUGGGACGAUUAUAAUAGAUUCCUCUCUGAUAAGAAAGCCAAUGAGAAAGAAGUCUGGAUCGUUAAGCACGGGCUAAAAAAACCUAGCCGAGCACAGGACGUCCGUGUAGGUGAUAUUGUGUGGCUUCGGGAGAAUGACGAAGUCCCAUGUGAUCUUGUUGUGCUUGGUACAUCAGAUCCUCAAGGCCUUUGCUACAUUGAGACUUCUGCUCUAGAUGGCGAAACUGAUCUAAAAACUAGAGGUAUACCAUCUGCUUGCACGGGAAUUGAUUCAGAGUUGCUCCACAAAAUUAAGGGUGUUAUCGAGUGCCCCAAUCCAGAUAAGGACAUUAGGAGAUUUGAUGCAAAUUUACGUCUGUUCCCUCCCUUUAUUGAUAAUGAUGUCUGUCCAUUGACAAUAAAGAAUACGGUUCUCCAGUCGUGCUACUUGCGGAACACAGAGUGGGCUUGUGGGGUAGCUGUUUAUACGGGAAAUGAAACCAAGCUGGGUAUGAGCAGGGGUAUACCUGAACCUAAACUUACAGCUAUGGAUGCCAUGAUUGACAAAUUGACUGGCGCAAUAUUUGUCUUUCAGAUAGUAGUAGUUGUAGUUCUAGGCAUUGCAGGGAAUGUAUGGAAGGACACAGAAGCAAGAAAGCAAUGGUAUGUCCAGUAUCCCAAAGAAGGACCGUGGUACGAACUACUGGUUAUUCCUCUAAGAUUUGAGCUCCUUUGUUCAAUAAUGAUCCCGAUAUCCAUUAAGGUAUCUUUGGAUCUUGUGAAGAGUUUAUAUGCUAAGUUCAUUGAUUGGGAUAUUGAGAUGUUUGAUCAAGAGACAGGCUCUUCAUCUCAUGCAACAAACACAGCGAUAAGUGAAGACCUGGGACAAGUCGAGUACAUUAUGACUGAUAAAACUGGAACCUUGACUGAAAACAAGAUGGUCUUCAGGAGGUGUUGUAUCAGUGGCACAUUUUAUGGUAACGAAAGCGGGGAUGCCUUAAAAGAUGUUAGAUUGCAAAAUGCGGUUGCCAGCGGAUCUCCUGAUGUCAUUCGGUUUUUGACAGUCAUGGCAAUAUGUAAUACUGUUAUACCUGUGCAAAGUAAAAAUGGAAAUGUUCUUUAUAAAGCACAGUCACAGGAUGAAGAAGCUCUUGUUCAGGCUGCAGCAAAGCUGCAUAUGGUCUUAUUCAGCAAAAGUGGGAAUCUUCUUGAAAUCAGAUUCAAUGCUUCAGCAAUUAAGUACGAAGUUUUGGAUAUUCUGGAGUUCACUUCUGACAGGAAAAGAAUGUCAGUAGUAGUAAGAGACACUCGGGAUGACAAGAUUUUUCUCUUGUCCAAAGGAGCAGAUGAAGCUAUACUUCCUUGUGCUUCUGCUGGACAACAAACGAGGACACUAAAUGAGGCUGCGGAUCAAUAUGCUCAGCUGGGCCUGCGUACAUUAUGCUUGGCAUGGCGUGAACUCAAAGAAGACGAAUAUCAGGAGUGGUCAUUGAUGUUCAGAGAGGCCAGUAGCACACUGGUUGAUAGGGAGUGGAGAAUAGCUGAGGUGUGUCAAAGGUUGGAACAUGAUCUUGAGGUUCUUGGAGUUACGGCGAUAGAGGAUCGUCUUCAGGACGGUGUACCAGAAACAAUUGAGAUGCUUCGAAGAGCCGGAAUAAAUUUUUGGAUGCUAACUGGAGACAAGCAGAAUACGGCAAUACAAAUUGCUCUUUCUUGCAACUUUAUAUCACCAGAACCCAAAGGCCAGCUUCUGUUGAUUGAUGGCAAGACUGAAGAUGAAGUUUGUAGAAGCUUAGAGAGAGUGUUGCUUACUAUGAGAAUAACGUCAUCAGAGCCAAAGGAUGUAGCAUUUGUUGUCGAUGGCUGGGCUCUUGAGAUUGCUCUAAAAAAUCAUCGGAAAGAUUUUACUGAGUUGGCAAUUUUGUCAAGGACUGCUAUUUGUUGCCGUGUGACCCCAUCGCAAAAAGCACAGCUUGUGGAACUGUUGAAAUCAUGUGAUUAUAGAACACUGGCUAUUGGUGAUGGUGGAAAUGAUGUGAGGAUGAUACAACAAGCUGAUAUUGGUGUUGGCAUAAGUGGAAGAGAAGGACUUCAGGCAGCUAGGGCAGCUGACUAUAGCAUCGGGAAAUUCAGGUUUUUGAAAAGGUUAAUUCUUGUCCAUGGGAGGUAUUCAUACAACCGCACAGCCUUCUUGUCCCAGUAUUCAUUCUACAAGUCGCUAUUAAUAUGUUUCAUCCAGAUAUUUUUCUCUUUCAUUUCAGGUGUUUCGGGGACCAGUCUUUUUAAUUCUGUUAGCUUGAUGGCCUAUAACGUUUUCUACACUAGUAUACCUGUUCUUGUCAGUGUCCUUGACAAAGAUCUUAGUGAAAAAACCGUCAUGCAGCAUCCUCAAAUUUUAUUCUACUGCCAAGCAGGAAGGCUACUUAAUCCUAGCACAUUUGCUGGAUGGUUUGGCCGGUCCCUUUUCCAUGCAAUUGUUGUGUUCAUAAUCAGCAUAAAUGCAUUUGCAUAUGAGAAAAGUGAAAUGGAAGAGGUUGCAAUGGUGGCACUGUCUGGAUGCAUAUGGUUGCAGGCUUUCGUUGUAAUAAUAGAGACCAACUCCUUCACAGUAUUACAACAUCUUGCAAUCUGGGGGAACUUGAUUGGAUUUUACAUCAUAAAUUGGAUCGUCAGUACCAUUCCAUCAUCUGGGAUGUACACAAUUAUGUUUCGGUUGUGUAGUCAACCAUCUUACUGGAUUACAAUCUUUCUAAUAGUUGGAGCAGGGAUGGGUCCAAUACUUGCCAUAAAAUACUUCAGGUACACGUACACACCAAGUAAAAUCAACACCCUCCAACAGGCUGAACGUCUUGGGGGACCAAUACUCUCUUUGGGCAAUAUCGAUCCACAGCAAAGAUCGAUGGAGAAAGAAGUGGCAGCACUGUCAAUUACCCAACCCAAGGGCCGGAAUUCGGUGUACGAGCCACUGCUGUCGGAAUCCCCCAGUGGUACAAGGAGGUCAUUUGGAUCGGCAGCGCCAUUUGAAUUCUUUCAGUCACAAGCGUCCAGAUUGUCAUCGAGCUACUCUAGAAACUGCAAGGACAAUUGA